UAUGUUUUGAUAUAUUUAGAGCACGUGGACGCCAGCUGGAAAUUAUCUCGGAAAACAACGCAAUUUGCCAGGAACCAGGAGCCAAAACAGAUCCCAUAAUGGAGACAGAGAACAUCAAGGCUGACGCCUUCGAGCCGGCGAAGAGGGCUCCCAAGCGCGGGGCAACGCAGGAAGACGUGGAGAUGCAGGUGGACGAGGCGACCGGCAUCGAGGGUCAGUUGCUGGUAUCCACGCGGGCAUCCUCUGCUCCCAAGGCGAAGAGGGCCAGGAGCGAACUGCGCAAGGUGUCCGUGCCGCCGCACAGAUACUCCUCGCUGAAGGAGCACUGGAUGAAGAUCUUCACGCCGGUUGUCGAGCACAUGAAGCUGCAGAUCCGCUUCAACAUGAAGGCGCGCCAGGUGGAGCUGCGCGUGGGCCCGGAGACGCCGGACAUUGCCAACCUGCAGCGCGGUGCGGACUUCGUGCGCGCCUUCCUCUGCGGCUUCGAAGUGGACGACGCCCUGGCUCUGCUGCGACUGGAGGAUCUGUUCGUCGAAUCGUUUGAAAUCAAGGACGUGAAGACGCUGCGCGGCGAUCAUCAGUCGCGUGCCAUUGGCCGACUGGCGGGCAAGGGUGGACGCACCAAGUUCACCAUUGAGAACGUGACCAAAACCCGCAUCGUGCUAGCCGACAGCAAGAUCCACAUCCUGGGCAGCUACCAGAACAUUCAGUUGGCGCGCCGAGCUGUCUGCAAUCUGAUCCUGGGAUCCCCACCCAGCAAGGUGUACGGCAACCUGAGGGCCGUCGCCUCGCGCCUUUCGGAGCGCAUGUGAUCUUGAGAUUGAGCAGGAGUAGUUGGGGUUUUUUUUUUAGCAUUAGCAAUAAAUAAUAAAUAUAACAUGUAUUCAAACAUUUACAAUAUACACAUACACACAAAAACACGGGAA